AUGGCGCGCAAAAGUACACGAGCAGCCAACAAGUGCGACGAGCACAAACCUGUAUGCAAACCCGCGCGCAUCACCGAGACAUCAGCGUCUUUGUCAACAACGGCGCAUCAAUCCGAAGCAGGUGGCAUCACAGAUACGAGCGCAAACGCUAGCACGGCGAGACAUGAAGUACUGCUAGCCGAACAACCGAUGCCGCAAACGACGCCUGCGUCCACGAACGCCGAGCUCACUGCAUCCGAAGCUGUACCCCAAGCCGAGCCGUCAACGUGUGCAUCCACCGGGAAGCCGACCAUGGAAGAACGACAGGCGAGGCUGUCUGCUCUGCGAUCCAAGAUGUCUGCCUCGUCACGAGCGAACCGCCGCGAGAUUCUGGACGAACAAUCGCGCGCACGCACGCUUUCGCAAGCAGGUGCAUCUACGUCUUCACGCAAGCUAGCCAAGGCGCACAGGCUGCUUGAAGAGCGAGACAUGCUUGAAUGCGGGAUCGACAUUGAACGUCAGCGCAACCUGAACUAUUCGGUCCAAGACAGUGAGGCGUGGGAUUUGAAAUUAGAGCAAAAACACAGGAAAAAAGAUGCAGGACUGAUCGAUUUCGUAGAUGCUGCCGAACGCGCAUAUCAGCGACAGGUGAAUGCGCUCAAGCCGCACACAUCCAGAAGCACGACUCAGAAAGACCAGCAUGCAGUGCAUGCGAGCAGCCCUGCUACCGGCACGCUCGUCCGAAACCAAUCCACACCAAUCGAUGAGCUCCAGUACGGAUCUCAUGUCCCUACAGACGAUGCCGUCGAUCGAGUCAUCACGCAUCUCAACCACGAAAAACAGCUCAUCCGAAAUCGAAGCCGCGCCAGAAACAACGACGAUUCCGAUAUCAACUACAUCAACGAUUCCAAUCGUCACUUUAACAAAAAACUCAAACGCUUCUAUGAUAAGCAAACCCAAGAGAUCAGGGAAAAUCUUGAACGAGGUACCGCUCUCUAA